AUGGCCAAUACAUGGAUAGAACGGCACAUGGCCACCAUUCCUCAGUUGGAUUUCUUGCCUCUCAAGUCUUACAACAAACAGAUGCUGACAGACGACGCUCUCAAAAGCUCCGUCGCCGUCGUCCGGGAUACGAGAGCAGCAGUGAGAAUGCCGCACGACACCUUGGAAUACUCGAAUGCCCUCUUUGUUUGGCCACUCUUCUUUCCCACAGCUGUCUUCCACAUGACGGCGCUAGCUGAUACUCUCCUCUCCUUCUACCAGAUGAACGCGUUCCAGUUUUCUGCUGGCCUCUCUUCUCUAGUCUCUGUGGGCUGCUUCUCAGUUGCUGCCCUCCUGUUGUCGUCCUCUCAAUUCACUUUCCAACGCAUCCCACAAGGGCACACCGUGCACUACGUUCUAGGCUUUCUCAUCCAGAUCAGUGUGAUGGUCGCCUUCUGCUUCGUCGAUGACAAGGGUACUGUCGUCGGGCUAAUGCUCCUCUCCGGCUCAGCCGUUGGGAUGCUCAGCCCUGCUGGAGUGAAGGCCGGGACGAAGAUGGUCCCGGCGACCAGGCAGCUUCAUCAAUACGACCGCCAGCUAUGCUCAUCCCACAUUGUGAAGAGCCUGUCUCCUGUGAUCUUAGGCUGCCUCUACAGCUGGAGCCGGCCUGCCGUUUUCGCCUUCUCGGGAGCCAUUGUUACUAUGGCGUUUAUGGCGACAACCGCGACGUUCCUCCUACGCCCACGAGCGUGGGGUUUUGACGGACAGCCCUUGCUAGAUAUGACCGACAGCGACUCGCCCGUCGGUCUGAUCAAGACUGUGAAUGGACCGGGGACGAUGGAUGCAGUACCACGGAACGAUAUUUCUUUCCACGUGGAGUCUUCACGCAAGGAAACUACCAGAGACCCUUCAGAAGCUGCCAGCAUCGCAAGGGUGCACCAGGCGAUCAAAGAGUUAACAGAAAUUGGCGAAAAACCUGCAGUUCUGCCCGGCUCCGUUCCGGAUGCGGACGAUGCUGAGGGAGAUGUUAAUUCGGUUUUCCGAGGGCCGCUUUCCAAAGUGAUAGAUGGCUACUCCUCUCCCUUGAAGGCACCUAGUCGGCAGCAGCCAAGCAAGUCGUGA